AUGUUUUUGAGAAUUCUCAAAAAACAUACGCUAGAAGAGCAGGAGAAGGAAGCCGAGGAGAGUAAGAAGCCAGCAGAGCUGGGGAAGGAAGCCGAGGAGAGUAAGAAGCCAGCAGAGCUGGGGAAGGAGGCAGACAAGAGCAAGGGAGGUGAGGAGAGGAGGGUGGAUGUUCGUGAGGGCGAGGAAGAGAAGGAUGAGAGAGUAGAGGCUAGGGAAGAGGAGAGAGAUGAAAGGGGAGAGGCAAGGGAAGAGGAGAAGGAUGAGAGAGUAGAGGCUAGGGAAGAGGAGCAAGAUGAGGAAGGAAGAGACGAAGAGGGGAGAGCUGCUGGUGGUGACAGGGACGGGGCUAGAGAGAGCAAGGAGUUGAAUGAAGAGGGUGAGGAGGGCAAGGGGGUGGGUGAAGGGGGUGAGGAGGGCAAGGGGGUGGGUGAAGGGGGUGAGGAGGGCAAGGAGUUGGGUGAAGGGGGUGAGGAGGGCAAGGCGACGAACCCAGAAGGGGGUGAGGAUGGCAAGAUUAAGAAUGAAGGGGAUGAGGAGGCGAAAGAAAUUAACAUGGUGGAUAUAGCGGGUGAGGAGGGAAAGGAUUUUAAUGAAGGGGGUCGGGGGGGCAAGGAGGUGAAUGAAAUGAGCAUGGUGGAUAUAACAAGUGAGGAGGAGAAUGGAGGAGAGGAACAGGGGGGUAAAGACUGUGCUGGUGGUGGGAGAAGAAUAUACGGGAAAGGGAGAGAGGUCGAUUGGGGAGGGAGAGUGGAGAAGGAAGAAGAAGGUGAGGGGGGAAAAGGAGAAGAAAUGCAUGUUGUGGGGGAAGCAGAGGGGGAAGCAGAGGGGGAAGCAGAGGGGGAAGCAGAGGGGGAAGCAGAGGGGGAAGCAGAGGUGGAAGCAGCGGAGAGAGCAGCGGAGGAAGCAGCGGCGGAGAGAGCAGCGGAGGAAGCAGUGGAGGAAGCCGUGGAGGAAGCAGCGGAGGAAGCAGCAGAGGAAGCAGCGGAGAAAGCAGCGGAGGAAGCAGUGGAGGAAGCCGUGGAGGAAGCAGCGGAGGAAGCAGCGGAGGAAGCAGUGGAGGAAGCAGUGGAGGAAGCAGUGGAGGAAGCAGUGGAUGAAGCAGCGGAGGAAGCAGCGGAGGAAGCAACGGAGGAAGUGAGAGCAGUGGAGGAAGAAGCAGUGGACGAGGAAGCAGUGGAGGAAGAAGCAGUGGACGAGGAAGCAGUGGAGGAAGCAGCAGAGGAAGCAGCGGAGGAAGCAGCGGAGGAAGCAGCGGAGGAAGCCGUGGAGGAAGCAGCAGAGGAAGCAGCGGAGGAAGCAGUGGAGGAAGCAGUGGAGGAAGCAGUGGAGGAAGCAGUGGAGGAAGCAGCGGAGGAAGCAGUGGAGGAAGCCGUGGAGGAAGCAGUGGAGGAAGCAGCGGAGGAAGCAGCGGAGGAAGCAGCGGAGGAAGCAGCGGAGGAAGCAGCGGAGGAAGCAGCGGAGGAAGCAGCGGAGGAAGCAGUGGGGGAAGCAGUGGGAAGGAAGAGAAGGCGGCUUGAUCAGAGUGUUGCUAUUAGUUCUGAUUGUGCCGGCCCACCAAUCAAACCUGGCGCUGUUGCUUAUGGUUCGGAAACUAGUCCUGGCAAUCGUGGAAAAGCUGCUGCUGACAGUAAGGGAGAGGCUUAUAAUGAGACUGAAUCAGGAAGAGGGAUGAGUGAGGGAGUGCUGGCACAUGCAGCAGGGAGAAUGGAAGGCGGGGAGGCAACAGGGAGAGGGGAAGAGGGAGAGGCAAGAGAUGGCAAGAGAGUGAAUGUUGGAGAGAUGGAAGCAGUGACAGGAGACGGUGUUCGAUCCAUAUUUGUCAACGCCGGCAUGGGCCCUCUUGAUUCCAGUCCGCCUGCUGCCUUGGCCUUGGAACACCGCUCUCCCCUUCCUCUGCCCCUGUUGGUCCCUCCUUCUUCCCGCCCUCUGCCCCUGUCUGCCCCUUCUUCCCGCCCUCUGCCCCUGUCUGCCCCUUCUCCCCGCCCUCUGCCCCUGUCUGCCCCUUCUCCCCGCCCUCGCCUCCUGGUGCUCCCCUCACUCGUUUCUCUGCCACUGCCUCGUCCUCUUGCUCACCCCACUCCUCCUCCUCCUGCUCCUCCUCCUGCUGCUUCUACAGAUGCUACUGCUAUUCCUGCCAGUCCUCCUCCUCCUCCUGCUGCUGCUGCUCCUGCUGCUUCUACAGAUGUUGCUAUUCCUGCCUCUCCUUUACCGCACUCCUCUCCAUCCCUCCACUCCCCUUCGGCCCUCCACCCUCCUCCAUCCCCCCACCCUCCUCCAUCCCCCCACCCUCCUCCAUCCCCCCACCCCCCUCCAUCACCCACUCCUAUCGCCCCUAGCUCGCCUCCUCCUCCUUCUCCCUCUCCUCCUGUGCCCACUCCAUCAAUCGCUGCUCUAACGGAAAGACACACUGUGACUGAAGACGGGGUGACAGCAGUGAAGUCCGAACCUGUCCCUUCUGCCCCUCACUCUCCUGCUCUGCUGCCCACUCCAUCAACCGCAACCGCUGCUGCUCCAAAGGAGGACAGUCACACUGUGACUGAAGAACGGGUGACAGCAGCGAAGGUCGAGCCACCUGCUGUGACUGCAGGCAUUGAACCUGCCUCUGUGACUAUAAGGGAUGAGAAGGACGAGCCUGCUGGUGUGGCUGCAGUCCUUGAACCCUCUGCUGUGACUGUAAAGAGAGAGAUCUCCGAGCCUGCCACUCUGACUGCUGACCGUGACCCCAUCAAUGUGACUGUAGAGGGUGAAAAGGAUGAGCUGCCUGCUGUGACUGUACAGAGUGUGAUGGAUGAGGACAAUGAGAAGGAUGGAAAGGAUGAGAGGGAUGAACCUCCCGCGAUGACUGCAGGCCUUGAACCGGGCGCUGUGACUGUAAGCGAUGAGCUGCCUGCUGUGACUGAAAAGGAUGAGCCAGCUGCCGUGACUGUAGAGAGUGUGAUGGAUGAGGCCAAUGAGAAGGAUGACAACGAUAUGAAGGAUGAGAAGGAUGAGCCGCUUGCAGUGACUGCAGCCCUUGAACCGUCCACUGUGACUGUAAUGGAUGAGAAGGACGAGCCUGCUGCUGUGACUGUAAGGGAUGAGACGGAUGAGCCGCCUGCAGUGCCUGCAAGCCUUGAGCCCGCCUCUGUGAAUGUACAGGAUGGGACGGACGGGCUGCCUGCUGUGACUGAAAAGGAUGUGCCACCUGCUGUGACUGCAGAGGAUGUGAAGGCUGAGACCAUUGAAAAGGGCGAGCCUCCCGCUGUGUCUGCGGACUGUGAUCCCACUGCUGUGAAGGAUGAAAAGGAUGAAAAGGAUGAGAAGGAUGAGAAGGAUGAAAAGGAUGAGAAGGAUGAAAAGGAUGAGAAGGAUGAGAAGGAUGAAAAGGAUGAAAAGGAUGAGAAGGAUGAGAAGGAUGAGUCACCUGCUGUGACGGAUGAGCGCCCUCCUGUGGCUGUCAAGGAUGUGCCACCUGCAGUGCCUCUAAAGUUUGCACCCUCCCCUGUGGUUGUAAAGGAUGAAGCUGCUGACACCGAUAACACACCUCCACUACCUGCCGCACGUUGCCGGCCAUUUGCCGGGCGGCGCACGGUGGCCCACGGACUCAUAAUCAGAUCGGGCGUCUCAGCAACAAAGAAGGAGAAUCGCAACACUCUAACCACCGGCCAACCGGGCGGCGCACUGUGUCUUAUGCCCCCCCUUGGAGUUCACUCACCUGCCGAACCUUCCAGGCUGCCUGGGCUUUCCGUCGCGGCCCUGGAGGAUCGGAAGGACAAGGGUCGGAAGGAUGACUCACCUGGUGCUUAUGAUGCCCUGCAGCAGCAGCAGACUGCAUCCCCUGUGGUUCUUGCUGCUACCAGGGUUGCACAAGACCCUGGUGUUUCACCUGAGUCUCUGUUGCAACCUGGUGAUUUACCUGAGGGUCAGAUUCGCCAUGAAGAGCAGCCAGGCUGUCAGGAGAUUCCAGCAGAGGCAGCAGCUGAGGGAAGGACCGAUGGCGUGGCAGAAGGGGGUCCUGCCACAUCAGCAGCACCUGAUUCGAUCACACCUGCCAUGUCAGCGGAGCCCGACAAAUCGUCCAUGUCAGCAGAGCUUGGCAUGCCAUCCUCGUCAGCAGACCCAGUCGCUGCUGACAUGCCAGCAGAGCUGGUUGCUGCGUGCCUGGGAGCCAAUCGCGUGCUCCGAUCACGGAAAGCAGCGCCGCCAGCAGCAGCAGCAGCAGCAGCAGGAGGAGGAGGAGCAGCAGAAGCAGGAGGAGCAAGAGGAGUAAAGGCGACUGCAGGAGUGAAGUCAGAAGUAGGAUGCAAGGCAGGAGGAGAUGCAUUGAAGACACCACCACAACGGGGGUUGAAAGCAUCACCACAGGGCCUGACGUGGUCACAUGGAGUGAAGGGGAAUCAAGGCCUUGCUCGAUCACCCGCCCAAGCUAAGUCACAAGGGCGUAAAGGGGUGAGAGGUGUGAGAAAGGGGAGAGAGGGAACGGGGGAGAAGAGUGGAUUGGGGAAGAGAAAGGUUGGGAAGGCUAAGGGGAGAGGGAGGGGUGCUAAGAGGAGGCGAAAGGAUGACGAAAGUGAGGAGGAGGAGAGUGAGGAGGAGGAUGAGGAGGAUAGUGGGCAAGAGAGUGAGGAGGGAGGUGGAAGGGAAGAAACACAAGAGGAGCUCAGGGGGAGAAGGGCGGGAGGGUUGGCAAGGGGGUUGGAUGGAGGAGUGGGGAGGGAGGAGGAGGGAAGAGAGAAGAAGGUGAGGAGAGGGCGUGGUGGUAGCAAGGAGACACGUGAUUGGGAGGAGGAGGAGGAGGGAGAUGAAGGGAACAGGGAGAGUCACGGUGGUAACAAAAAGAUUGUGGGGCAGGAAUUGGGAGAAGGGGGAUUGGUGGGGCCGGAGUAUAUGUGGCGCGAUGGAGGGAAACAGUACCGGAGGAGAAAGCGGAGGUAA